AUGUUUGGAGAGAUUAGUUUGGAGUCUGAUUUUGCUCUCUUGGAGUCUAUUCGGCAACACCUUCUCGACGAUAAUUUCGAUACCGUUUUGGAAGAAUCGUCGCCGACAGGUUCAGGCAGCCCUCCUCCUAUGUUCUGCCGGAGUUUCAGUUUCAGUGCCCUUUUCUCGGCGGAGAGUUGGAGCGACAUGCCUCUGAAAGUGGACUACAAUAACGACGUGGUCGUUUACAGUGGUUCCACAGACAACGGAUGUAGUCCAUCAUCAGAUCACAGCCACAUUGAAGUUGUUGAGACCACACCCAUGAAACCGGAGCCUCAGGAGGUGGUUUUGGAAGGGAUAGAGGUGGUACGUGAAACUCACGCGCCGUCAUCGGGCAGGCACUUUCGAGGAGUGAGGAGGAGGCCGUGGGGGAAGUAUGCGGCGGAGAUUAGGGAUCCUAAGAAGAACGGGGCGAGAGUGUGGCUUGGGACCUAUGAGACGGCGGAGGAUGCGGCAUUGGCUUAUGACAAAGCCGCUUUUAAGAUGCGAGGCUCCAAAGCCAAGCUCAACUUCCCUCACCUUAUUGGCUCGGAGGGAUGCGAGCCGGUUAGAAUAACCCCAAAGCGGCGGGCACCGGAAUCUUCCUCUUCGUCUUCCUCUUCAGACAGUGGGUCGCCAAGGCCAAAAAGGAGAAACACCGGAGUUGGCUCGGUGGCUGGAGCCGAGUCGGGUAGCGAAAGCCUAGUAGAGAUGGUUGAGAUGAGCCAGCUAGCCGUUGUUGAUCAAUGGCUAAAUGAACUCAACACUACAGUCUUCCCCAUGCCACAUGAAACCAAUUAA